UUCUAUAUAUAUAACAGAGACAAAACCACAAUUACAUUCACUUCACUUACAACAAAAGAUUUACUAAGAUGGAGAUAUUGUCGCAAAUGUGGUCUCUCUUAGGCCUCCUCACAGUCCUCCAAAACAUCUUGCCCUCACAGCUUCUCUCUCUCUUACACUCCUUCUAUGAGUCCCUCCAAGACUUCUUUAGCCCAUAUUCGUACUUCGAAAUCCCCGAAUUCAAUGGCUACUGUGGCGUCGACGUCAACGACCUCUACCGCCAUGUCAACCUCUACCUCAACUCCGUCAACCCCUCCACCUCCUGCCGCCGCCUCACCCUCUCCCGCUCCAAAUCAUCCAACCGCAUUUCCUUCACCGUCGCCCCCAACCACACCGUCCACGACACCUUCACCGGCCACCACCUCUCGUGGACUCACCACGUCGACACCGUCCAAGACUCCCUGGACGAGAAGCGGAGCUUCACUCUCAAGCUCCCCAAACGCCACCGUUUAACCCUACUCUCACCCUACCUCGACCAUGUCACGACGCGUGCUGAAGAGUUCGAGCGCGUGUCACGUGAACGGAGGCUCUUUACUAACAACGGCCACGGCUCGUACGAGUCCGGCUGGGCCUCCGUCCCGUUCCGCCACCCGUCCACCUUCGAGACGCUCGCCCUCGAGCCGGAGACAAAGAAGCAACUCACGGAGGACUUAACCGCAUUUGCUGAUGGAAAAGACUUCUAUCAUAAAAUUGGACGUGCAUGGAAGCGUGGCUACUUGCUGUACGGCCCUCCCGGCUCCGGCAAGUCCAGUCUCAUCGCCGCAAUGGCGAAUUAUUUAUGUUACGACGUGUAUGAUCUUGAACUCACUAAAGUGUCAGACAAUUCAGAGCUUAGAGCUUUGCUCAUACAGACGACGAACCGGUCCAUCAUUGUCAUCGAAGAUAUCGAUUGCUCGGUCGAUCUGACCCGUGACAGAUCCUUGUCAAAGCUAAAGAAAGCAUCACACCAUGAGAAAAACCGGCGGGAUGGCGAAAACCGGGACGAAAACGGCCGGGUGACUUUGUCCGGGUUGCUGAACUUCACCGACGGACUAUGGUCGUGCUGUGGAGAGGAGAGGAUUAUAGUGUUUACGACCAACCAUAGGGACAAUGUCGACCCGGCACUGGUUAGGUGUGGGAGGAUGGACGUGCAUGUUAGCCUAGGCACGUGCGGGAUGCAUGCGUUCAAGGCGUUGGUGAUGAACUACUUGGGCGUGGAGUCGCACGCGCUGUUUGACGUGGCGGAGAGUUGUAUAAGGUCGGGUGGGGCCCUCACGCCAGCUCAGAUAGGGGAGAUCCUGCUGAGGAACAGGAGGAAUGCUGACGUGGCGGUCAAGGCUGUAAUAACAGCGAUGCAGGCGAGGAUUUUGGGAGCUGACGUUGAGCUGCCGGAGAUGGAUGCGGAGGAGUGUAUGGUGGUGGAGAGAGGGUUGGAGUCGCCGCCGGGGAAUUGGGAGACCUCGCCCGGGAGUUUUGGCGGGAAGAAGAAGAGAGAGGGAUCCACAUGGGAGAGAAAGGUCAAAUUUCUUGUGAGACUUAGAUCUUUGACCAAGUCAGACUCUGGAAGGAGGGGUAUCUGAUGUCUAAUGUGAGCCAAGGUGUACACUACUGUUUAGAGGACACUCCUCCCAAAAGAGGGAGGUUAAGCGUUGGCUCAGCUUUUGGUUUACUAAUCUAAAUUUUAAGCCUUUGUUGUAA